AUGGACUACACGAUUGCCUGGAGGCAGAAAGGCAAUGAUCCACGAUGCCUAGUCUUGGAUUCGACGGGGGCAUGGUGCCGAAGCGAUCCAAGUUCUGCUUUCUGUGAUGACGGAACUGAUCAUUUGCCCGUUGGACCCAGCACUGAGAACUACGUUCAGGCUACAUCCUCAUGCGCAAUGGAGGCGGAGGGUAUCAAGCGGCUCGCGACAAGCUUCGACUCACCAAUGAAUGUGAGGAUUGUGACGAUGUAG